UUGGUAAUCUAGCUGUAGGCAACUUAAAUUGCGCACCGCUAACCUUAAAAGAAAGUGCAGAAAGUGUAAUUCAUUCGUAAAGUAGUAAUAAACAAUAUUUUAUUUAUUGUAAUAAGUUGUAAUUUUACGAUAAAUAAAUAUGGAGUUAGAUAACACAUUAGAAGAUGGAGAAUUAAGUAAUGAUUCAGAUGGUUACACUCCUCUAGAACGUCCAGCCACAUACUCUUCUCUAGCAAAACCAUUUGUUUCACUCAAGAAACCAGAGACUGAGAGUGAUGAAUCAAUUGCUUCAUCUUCUGAUGAUUCUGACUCAGAUUCACCAAGCUUCAGGGCAAAGAAACCCAGGGUUAAAGUUAAGAAAUCACUGCCUAAACCUUUAGGAUCCAAGAAAAAGAAGUAUGAUGUGUGGAGCAAUAGAGCACAAGAAGAUUCUCUGCUAGCAAUGACCUCCUGUGAUGUUUCACAAAAGGAUAGAUCUAGAGAUGUGGAGACUUAUGAUCACACUAUUGCCAGGAAGUAUUAUGCACAGUUGAAUAAUGAGGUUGAUGUUGAUGUUGCGCCGACAGAUGAUGCACGGGUGCGAAUUAACAAUAAACGCAGUCGCAAUGACCGAAAGGACGUUAAGUUAAGAUUGAUGAAUAGAAGACAAUCAAGGGAUUCAAGUGAAGAGAGAGUUAAAGGGCAGCCUAGGAUAUUAAUGGAGAUUGUUAAGGAGGAAAAAAGCAAUGAGGAAAUAGCAGUGGAGAUUGCUAACAAAUUGUGUGAAAAUAAAGAAGAUUUAAUUCAGAAAAUUGUGUCUGCAGUUGGUGCUGAUAAAGCUAUUCAAUUAUACAUGGACGUAAAACGUAUUGAAGCUGAUGGUGGAAUGUUAAUUAUGAAUCAAAGUAGAAGACGUACGCCUGGCGGAGUUUACCUGUUUCUAUUAAAACAUGACGACGAAUUGACCGCAGAACAACGCGGUAUUAUCUUCGAGGACGAGAGGAAGAAUUACAAAGAGUUCAUUAAAGCAAAGAAGAAAAAGAAGAGUGAACAAAUAAAGUUACAAAUAGCAUCAAGUAGAUCUAAGAAUUUACCAGAACUUUUAACGAAAGCCGAACUAGUCCAAAAACUAAGCGACAAACAAUGGACACCAAAGGAUAACGCUGAUGAUGUUGUCAAUCCGCCGCCAACCCCCGAAACAGACGGACAGGAAACAAUGGAAGAGGCAAUUCAUACUACUAGUGGCACCAGUAAUGCAAGUAAGGUAGACAAAUAUGAAAAUGAUUACUUAGAUUUAUCAGCUGGGAAUGACAUGGACAUGUUUUAAUGUUUUAAAUAGUUAUUAUAUUAUUAAUAACAAAAUCGAAAAUACUUUGUAAUAACUUAGGGUAAGUCCAUCAUCUGAAACAGUAAGAAAAUAUAAGUUUUCAUUAAAAUUUCAAUGGGUUAAACUCACAAA